CAUUUGCUCUUCCCCCUCCCGAGUCUCUGCUUCCCCAGUGAGGCAGUGAUCCCCUCUCUCUCCAUUUUCGCCGUUCGUCUCGCCCACACAGGUAAUCCACGCCGUUCGUCUCGCCACCGUCGCGUUCAAGGUUCCCCUCUCUCUCUCUCUCUGAAACAUUUUCGACCCCCCCCCCCCGAGUCUCCUGCUUCCCCAGCCACCGAAACACCCCCUACCUCCUCGAUGAAACUGAAACCCAUAAAACCCUAAUUUCGAAAAAUGGAGCUCUGCUAGAGGCAAAAGGGGGAGCUUGCAGAAGGGAUUCUGUUGCCGUGAAAAUCACAUCGAAAGCAAAGAGUACUAGACGAUCAAGAAAGAGCCCCAAGCUUAGUCUACGCCUACGAGCAAUUCAACUUUCACCACUCUUACUCUUCCUACAUCACUCUUAUCCUUAAACUUGGCCGUGCCAAACACCUCUCUCUCAUUGACCAUCUUCUCUUUCGACUCAAAUCAAUUGCUACAUGGUCACCCCAUCUCUCUUCUCCCACAUUAUUAAACUCUAUGGUGAGGCUAAUAUGCCUGAUAGGGCCCUCAAGACCUUCUAUACCAUGAUCAAAUUUGGUUGUAAGCCUUCUGCCAAACACUUGAACCGCAUUCUUGAGAUUCUCGUUUGUCACCGGACCUAUAUCCGACCAGCUUUUGACCUUUUCCGAAAUGCCCAUCGCUAUGGUGUUGAACCUAAUACAAAAUCUUACAAUGUUUUGAUGCGUGCGUUUUGCUUUUGUGGGGAUCUCAGUAUUGCAUACAAGCUGUUCAAUGAAAUGUUUAAGAGGGAUGUUUGUCCGGAUGUUCAGUCGUAUCGGAUUCUGAUGCAGGGCCUGUGUAGAAAAAGUCAGGUGAAUACGGCGGUGGACUUGUUGGAGGACAUGUUAAACAAAGGGUUUGUACCAGACACGUUGAGUUAUACCACUUUGUUGAAUAGUUUGUGUAGGAAAAAGAAGCUAAGGGAGGCAUAUAAGCUUCUUUGUAGGAUGAAAUUUAAGGGAUGCAACCCUGAUAUUGUUCACUAUAAUACAGUUAUUUUAGGAUUUUGUAGAGAAGGCCGUGCAAUGGAUGCUUGCAAGAUUCUCGAGGAUAUGGCAUCAAAUGGGUGCUUGCCGAACUUGGUUUCAUAUCGAACUCUAGUUAAUGGAUUAUGUGAUGCGGGAAUGUUUGACGAGGCAAAAAAAUAUAUGGAGGAAAUGACAACAAAAGGAUUAUCUCCACAUUUCUCUGUUAUUCAUGCUCUAGUCAAGGGGUAUUGUAAUGUUGGUAGGGCCGAGGAAGCUUGUGGAGUACUAGGGGAGGUGCUAAAGCACGGGGAAGCUCCUCAUGUCAAUACUUGGAUGACAAUAAUACCCAGGAUUUGUGAAACUGGAGGAUUGGGAAAAGUUUUGGAAGAUAUUAUGAGGAUAGAAAUAAAGCGUCACACUAGAAUAGUGGAAGCAGGUGUUAGUUUGGAGGACUACCUUAUCAGGAAGAUACAAGUUAACCCAAGGAAACCUUAAUUCGUAUUUUGGUAAAUGACCAACUGGUUUGUUCUUACCUUUAUAACAUAGGGGAUGCUUACAUUUAUUUUGUUUCUGCUCUUUCUGUCCACUAAUCAAUAUUUUAUUUUCCUGA